UGUCUUCUCUCUCUCUCUCUCUCAAAAGAACCACGCAGUGUACAACAAAACCCUAGUCAUUAAAAUUCCAAAACCCCAGAAAAUCUUCAUCCUCUGAUUCUCCUCAUCAUCAUCAAUCUCAUACCACACGAUGGGUCUCCAUCAAAUCUUGAAGAGCAAUCCAUUCCCCUCUCUCCUCAUCUUCCUCACACUCUACAUCUCCACCUUUCUCUUGUCUUCCUCUUCUUGUUCAAUUACCUCCAAUGCCGACGAAGCCCUCACUCAGCCCGCUAGCGUUGCUUCACCGUCUAGGUCCUUGUUGCACGUUGAUCGGCAUCGCCGGCUCCGGCAAGAACAAGUCUUCCACGUCAAGAAGAGCCCUCCUCCGCCUCCGUUCUUGAAGAACAAGAGAUCAAAGAGAGCAAAGAGGAAGAAGAGAUCACAUGACGACGACCGUGACAGGAUGAAGGCUGGCCCUUUCGCGGUUAUGCUUCCCAAGGGACCCGUCCCCCCUUCGGGUUCCUCCUCUUGCCACAACGGGAUUCCCGACUCCGUCGCGGCUCUCUGCUCCCUCUCAUCCGGAAAAUCGCACAGUUCUGCUGCACCAUAGAGAAAAGUAAGUCCUUGUCGAUGCUCAACGUAUAGCAUUUACACCACCGAACAUCGAUCAAGAUUCAGUCGUCUAUGACUAGCAAGGGUGGCUACAAAAAGAGGUUAUACUUUGUUUCGGUUUUGCUUCACACAUAGAACUUAAGAUCGACUUGGAUGAAUUCCUUGUAAUGGCAAGAAGAUUGCCUUGCAGGGAAGUCGAAACGAUCCACAUCGAUAUGAUGAGAUUAAGUUUUCAACUCUAUGGUUGCAUCUUUAUUUUGUGAUACGGUUGUAUGACACGAGACUAAAGAGUGUCUUCAAACAUAUAUA